AUGAGGCUGAUUAGUGCUUGGUCUCUAGCGCUUCUCGCAGCCACCACUAGCAUUGCUCGAGAAAUACUCACCAUCCCUUCCUGGGCUCCAGUAUCUACCGAGGCGCCUCCUCUGAAUAGUACUGUAUACCAAAUUGAGAGCUUCGGUGGCGGCGCUUACAUGGUGACUGACAACCAGUGCAACUGUCUGUUCCUUGUCUCUACCAACGGAGUGAUGGUUGUUGAUGCACCUCCAUCUAUUGGCCAUUACAUCGCAUAUGCGAUUGGCAACACAACGAACAAGCACAUAACGCAUUUCAUAUACAGUCACGCUCGCUCAGACCAUGUCGGUAGCGUGUUUGUAUUCGAGAAUGCAACCCGUAUUGCGCAUAGCAUCAGCAAGGGGCUACUUUCGAUAGUACCUAGUGCUGAUGAACCCCUCCCUGACGUUACUUUUGAGAACGAGUACACCCUUUCCCACGGCAAUCAAACCCUCUAG